CCCUUUCUCUCAAUUUUUCCGGCAAUAAACAGAGUAUUUAAGUCAAAUAAACGAUCAACCGACGAUUUUAUUUGUCGAUCUACCACAACUUGUCCAUCUUAUGAACAUAAGUCGCAUUUUUACUUCAUAACCGGCAACCCCCCCACGAACUUUCUGCUCCAAUGGAUACCGAAAUCAGAAAUAUUAUCAUUUUCCUUAGAAAUGACUACAUUCCCGUCGUACAACGUAUAUUCGAUAAAAAUACGGCCCUUCUGCAAAGUGCUCGAUUACACGGGAAAAAUUGCUUAAUUUCGUCCACCGUGGGAACCGUUGCAGCCGCCAUGGGAGGAACUGUCGCCGCCGUGGCGACGGCCGUUGCCACACUUGGCGUCGCCGUGGUGGCGCUACCCGUCAUGGCGGUCGGCACCGGCGUAGCCAUUGCGGGCGCAGCCACCAAUUUGGGGACCACACUUGUCGACCGACUCCUGGAGAAGGACGACAAGGACGAAAUACAAAAACUGUUCGAAGUUUUAAACAAAGAAACGCUUAAAUUUCUAAAAGUCGUGGGAAUUUUACAAGAAGAGCUGGGAGAUUAUGGAAAAGAAUGUUUUCCGAACUUGUACGAAUUUAUGGAUUCUGUGAUAGAAUACUGCCUUCCAACUGAUGAAGACGUUACGGUUGACCAACUGAAAGAGGGUGACUAUAUUAUGCGACCUCUGUCGGACCCUGUCAUGCAAUUUUUGGGCACACAUCACGGGAUUUGUAUCUUGGAUGGUUCUAAACUUAAAGUGCUGGACUUUUGGGUUGAUGGCGUAAAAUUAAAGGAAAUGAAGGAAUUUCUUAAAGGAGAAGGCCUUCGUGAAUUGCGCCGAAGGAAUUAUCACGGCCUAGAACUUCCGGUUAGUGAAACGGUCAAACGUGCGAGGAAACAAUUGGCUCAUGGCAGCGAAAGAAAAUAUAGCUUGGCCAAUUAUAACUCCGAGCAUUUCGCCAUGCUGCUUAAACUUGGGUGGACGAGAUCACAACAGGUGCAUCGCGUAGCGGCGGCCUCCAUUGGGACACGAGCCGCAGCAAGAACUGUAUUUGCGGCGUCUGAAACUUUCUCUGCUGUACGAUUUAUCUCGAACUUUCGAAUUUUGCGUGGGCUUGGAACGGUGGGAAAAGUUGUGUCAAAAGUUGGCAUAGCAACGGCUGCCACGGCUCCGGUAUUCAUUGGGCUUGACAUUGCAUUUUUAGUUUAUGAGUUUAAAAGGAAAAAGCCAAAUAUUGAGAAGCUGGAGGCGUUCGAUCGUUCACUUGAGCGGACGUUAGAACUUCUUUUGAAUUCGUUGCUUGAGCUAGAGCUAUUCGUUGCUCUUCAACGCGACGCAGCACAAAUCCUGUCCCUUCGCAUGAAACUGAGCGGAACCAAUAUUUUUAUUGAUGAAGAUCUGGCACCCAAGGAAAGAAAGAUGCGUUCCCAACUGAGAGAAUUUGCGAGAAACAUGAAGAAAGAAAAACCGGACCUGCUGUUCCGAUGUUACAAGAAACGGGUGAAAAUUACAACGGAAGGAGCUACAACCUGGUACACAAUAAAUGACUCUAAUCAAAUUGUGGAGGAUGGAAAACAAAUGACGUGACGAUACGGCCGGCCUCUACAAUUAACACAACAAUCAAGGAUCAGUAACUUUAAUAUAAUUUCCUGGAAUAUAGAAGAAGAAGAGAACUUAUAUCAAUCUUAAGAAGGCGAAGAAAUUAAAAUUUUUCAAUGCAAUUCAAAGUUCACUUUGUAACGCUAAAAACUCGUCGGACUUUUGGAAAGCGAUUAAUUACUAUAGGUCAAAGCGGAACUGUAAUGGUAAUUACGACAAUGAUCAAACAAUUACUCCUGUAGCAUUUCAUGACCAUUUUUCUAAAAUUUUCGACACAAAUGAACAAAAGGACACACUUCCAAAUGACGAACUCAGUAUAAUUAAUGACGAUACGGAUGGAGCUUUCACAUCUGCAGAACUAAAUAUUGUUAUCAAGAAAUUAAGUACUGGAAAAGCGCCCGGGCCGGAUAGUAUCCCAAAUGAAGCAUGGAAGGGACUUAAUGACAUGCAAAGACUUAUAUUACUAGAUAGCAUAAACUUAUUAUGGGAGAGUCAACAAAUCCCAGAUGGAUGGGCGGAUAUUAUUAUCUCACCCAUAUACAAAAAAGGCGAUAAACUUGAUC